CUGGUGUGAAACGCAUGCAUCCAUGGACAGUCUAUGUGGCAACACUACUACAAUAUCGGCUGGUUGUACUCAUAUCUGCUUUCAUUCUGCAAUGCAGGAAAAUGGUGGUUCCUCUACCUGCCCCACUGGGCCUUGUUUGCCUUGGAAAAUUGUACAUAUUAUUGAUUCCAUUUUGUUUUGUUUCCAUGGCAAAUGGAACUAACUUAACAGAUGGUCUUGAUGGGUUGGCCGGAGGGACUGCUGCACUGGCUUUUAUAGGAAUGUCAAUUGCAGUGCUUCCAAUAUGUUCUGAUCUUGCUGUAUUUGGAGCAUCAAUGGCAGGAGCCUGUGUUGGUUUUCUUUUGCACAACCGUUACAAGGCAUCUGUAUUUAUGGGUGAGACAGGAGCCUUGGCCUUAGGUGGAGCGCUAGCUGCAAUGGCUGCGUGCACAGGAAUGUUCUUUCCUUUAUUUAUUUCUUCCGGAAUUUGUGUUCUGGAAGUACUAUCGGUUAUAAUGCAGGUAUCCUUCUUUAGGACCACUAAGUACUUCUGUGGAACUGGAUUCCGCUUGUUUCGGAUGACGCCCUUUCAUCAACACCUUGAAUUAUGUGGACUCAGAGAACCGAUCAUAGUAGCAGGUGCAUAUGUCAUUUCAUCUAUGUUGGUUCUAUUAGCGGGAUAUGUGGGUCUUAUUUCAGCAUAACUUGCAAAGGUAUUGUUACCCAACAUACUGCCUAUUGUGACUGCAAGCUUACUUAGACAUUGAGAAAAUGUAUACUAGAGUAUUAUUGUAAUGGGAAGAAUCAUUUGGAAGAAAAUAUGUCUACUAG